CCUGGUCCUGACUUCCUGCCGGCUGCCCCUGACUUCCUGCCGGCUCGUUAACGGCUCUCCCCUGUGCUGACCAGGAGGAAGAAGCUGCGUUUUCACCCCAGACAGCUGUACCCUGCCGCCAAGCAGGGAGAGGUCCAGAGAGUGCUGCUCAUGCUGAUGGAGGGCAUCGACCCCUGCGGUCACUCGGAUGGCCAGAACCGGCGCUGUGCCCUGCACGCCGCCGCCCAGAGGGGCCUGCUGGAGAUCUGCUACCUGCUCGUCCAGGCGGGCGCUAAGGUGGACGCCCAGGACAAGUCGAUAAGGACCCCGCUGCUGGAGGCCAUCAUGAACGGACACGUGGAGGUGGUGAAGUUCCUCAUCCGGAGCGGAGCCUGCGUCUUCCACGCCGUGAGAGCCCUGCCGACACCCCCGUACUACACUGCUGGCACCCCCAUAUUACACUACUGACACCCCCGUACUGCACUGCUGGCACCCCCAUAUUACACUACUGACACCCCCAUAUUACACUACUGACACCCCCAUAUUACACCACCGACACCCCUGUACUACACUACCGACACCCCUGU